AUGGCGAUGCUCCCGGGGAACAACGACGACGUACUGGCUCGGCUCAUGCGGGCGGUUGUCGAGGACCCCCCCGCAGGCGCUCGCCGCAGUUGGCCUUGCAACAUGUGCGACGGUCGUGCGCGCGGGCGCCGCCCUGCCGGUGGGCGGCGGCCGCGUCUGGUUGCUGGGGCCGCUCCUCGUGGCUUGCUUUUGGUGGCGAGGGCGCCAUGUUGGCCUCCGUGUGGGUGGGGCGCCGACGUUCACCGGCGCUGUGCCACCGGCCACAUCGUCCUGGCUGUCGCCGUCGUGAAUCUCUUGGUCGCCGUCGGCCUCAGCGACUUCGAUCCCCAGAUAGCCCUCAACAUCUUUGAUGCUAUGCUCUAG